GGCAGAGACAGCUCCACGGUGACGAAGUUCUUCUGGGUUGAGCUGGUGGAUUCAGACACGAAGGAGGUCCAACCGGUCAGACUCCACGAUCAGCCUGUUGUGACCGGGGGUCAUGCCUCCGCCUGAAGGGGCCCUGAGCUCUGCUGGCUCCUCCCUGAGGCCCUCAGACCCGAGCAUGCUGGGAAACGCGUUUCCUCCCCCGGCGCCUCGCUUCCUGAGCCGUCGGCUGGGCGCUGCGCCCCAGCCGCCACCAGGGGGCGACGCCCAACGUUCCCCUUCCACGAGGGCGGCGGCGGCGCAGCGGAGCAGCACGGCCCGGAUCCUCCGGCACACUCACUUCCUGCGGUGUGCUGAGUGUCUGAGCGCCCGGCCUGCAGACCCGUUCUCUGGCUUCUGUGCUCAGUGUGGCUCCUCCCUCGCCCCCCUGCCGGAGCACACACUGCCCCCUGCCGAGGGAGGACAGACCUGUUUAUUCUGUGAGGCCUCCAUCCAUCAACAACUACAACCACAGUCCAGCCUCACGCUGCAGGUACACACAGGUGUUUGCUGUGGCAGCAGGAAUCCAGCUCACGUGUCCACCUGUUUGACCUGUGAGCGCCGUGUGCAGCCGCGCGGCCAUGCAGCCAGCUGCGUGGUGUGUUGGCGGUGCGGUGCCAACGGACCCCCGGACGCCUUCUACUGCCCCACCUGCGGCACCUUCCUGGAAGCCCCGCCCCCACCCAACAUCACACGACCGGCUUCAGCUCCAAUGUCCACUGAUGCCACGCCCCCCUCCGGAGCCGCUCCCAGCACAAAGUUAGCCCCGCCCACUGCUGAGCAGUCCACUCAGACGGUUGGACUGUAUUACCCAUCAGCCACCGAGCUGCAGAGGCAGGAAACUCAGAGGAAGCUUCAACGCAGCAAGCAGCAGGAGACCAGAGACUACCAACCGCUGCUGACCGCCGUCAGCCCUGGUCGAGGUUUCUGGAGGAAGCAGCUGGACCACCUGUGUGCUCACCUGAGGAGCUACGCUCAGAACAACGCCCCCUUCAGGACUCUGCUGGGAGAGCCUCGUCUGGGCCGGGUACGCAAGACCCGACUCUUUAAAGUUACUAUGGUUUCUGCUGUGGUUCAGGAGGAUUGUUAUGAAGUCAGUGUGACCGUCAGCUUCGUGUCGGCCGGACGAGAAGAACAUCAGGUGGAUCCAACAGGGGACAGCGGUAGACCUGCAGGCCGGACCGAGACUCUGAGCAGCGUUACGGAGCGAAGUGCCGACAGCCUCCUCAGAAGUGGUUCUCCCAAACUGAACCCGACUCCCAAACCUCCGGUGAGGGACGUGCAGUUGUUGAAGGAGCUGGGUCCAGGUUUAGGUGAGAUCAACGUCAUCCAGCAGCUCCUGGAUCAGGGGGCGGACCCUUCCUGCUGCAGCAGCACUGGCCAGCACGCUCUGGCGGUGGCUGUGGUGAGCAGUCACCACGACAUACUUCCUGUUUUAGUGCAGCGCGGCGCCGACGUGAACCAGCAGUCUGGACGGAUGAAGAACACGGCUCUGCAUGAAGCUGCAGCUCUGGGAUCUGAAGGCCUGAAGGGUGCUCAGGUCCUGCUGGGCUGUGGGGCCGGCGUGAGGCGGAGGAACGGCGGCGGGCAGACGGCGUACGACGUGGCGGUGAACUGCGGCUGCAACGCCAUGGUGUCUCUGCUGGCUGCGCAGGCCGGACUGGACCUGCUGGGAGGACUGGGGAGACCCAAAGGGACCCUGGAUGCUUUGUGACCUGGUCCACGGGUCCCUCUAGUCCCACAGGACUCACUCUAGUCCCACAGGACUCCCUCUAGCCUCCAUGAGGUGAAGCUUCACUGAUGGAUUUGACAUUAAACGUAUUUUAAAACAAACGG